AUGAGCAGCGACACCCAAGCACCUUCAGAGUACGCUCCUGAAGCACCAGCAUCCGUCCCGCAGGAUUUCAUGCAAGAGCCAGCGCUCGACUAUCAAUCGUUACUCAAGAACAUGCCCGGAAACAACGAAGUGCUCUUGGGCUGCCUCCUGGCUCUCGUCGCCGUGGUGGCUCUUCUUGCUCUAGCCAUCAUCUUUGUCUUCAUCAUGUCACGCCGCGAGGCAGCGGCACGUGAGAAGGAGCAAUCCCUGUACAGCGAGGUCUUCGCCGCUAUCAGGGACGCCACGAAGGAGGCAGCGGACCAGAGGAAGAAGAAGGAGGACGAAGCCGAGAAGACAGAAGUACAGGAGGCAGCCCCUUCGGCUCCUGAUAACUCGUCACCAGGCAGCGAGACUUGGGCACGCUCCGAGAUGAAUUCGACUGAGACGAUUGUUUGA